AUGCCUCCCAAAACACCGCGCAGGUCGCGCCGCCAGAACCAAGCCACGGUCCCUAUCCAGGCCUCAGACUACGACACCGAAGCCUUCUACAACCCGCCCGUCCCCGCGCGCACCCCAGCCGAGAUCAACUUCUCCGUAAUCCGCCGCUACGUCCCCGCCCUCGAGGAGAUAGUCUGCUACGCGCCCUCCGCCCAACUGUACACCAUGCCCACGGGCUCCUGGGAGAAAGAAGCCAACGUUGAAGGUACCCUGUUCGUCUGCCAGCUCACCCCCUCCCCUGUCACCGGUGGGAGCCGUCACUGCAUCGUCCUCCUGAACCGGAAGGGGUUGGAGAACCUGAUAGUGGAGAGCGGGGAGAUCCAGCACGUGGAGAUUGCGGCGGAGGGGUUCCUGAUGCUGGGCUUCCGGCCGCGGGGGCAGAGUGCGGAGAGCGAGAUGAAGGUGCUGGGCUUGUUUAUACAGGCGGAUGACCCGCCGCGGGAGGCCAUUGCCCAACUGGUUAGGGAGCAUUGGGAGGAGGCGGUUAGGGAGAGGAGCUUGGCCGGGGGUGAUGACGGGAUUGUGAAUUUGGGGGAUGGAUUUAUUCCGAGUAGGGAGGGGCAUGAGGGUGAGAGGACGAUGGGCAGGAGGUUGAGUCUGUCAGAGCUGUUUGGGAAGCAAUAA